GUUCAAGUACCUAAUUAGCAUCCUAACAAGAACCGGUUUCUCAAAAUUUAUUUCCAAUUUCUUGGAAAGAAUCCAAGCAGGGACAGGAACAUACAGUAUUUAAAGCUGAAGUUUGGAUAAUUAUCAAGAAUAUUGAAUGCUGUGUUCAAUCUUUUUUUUACUCUUAUUUGAAACCUUGACUCUGCAAAACUCUCAGCGUUCAGGUUUAAAUAUGAAAGCAGGACAUUCAUGAUAGCGGUUUUAUCUCAGUGUUUUUUCUUCCUGUAUUCAGAAUACUUGAGCUGCAUCAGCCUGUUUCUAAGCUCUAAUCAUCACCUCAGCAUUCAAAUUAAUCUCAGUGUCAUUCAUCCCAGACUGGAGGGGAAGAAUCAAAGGAUUAUGCAGGCUUUCUUUGCUUUGUUUCCAGUGAAACUAUUUUAGGGGGUCUUGUAAAAAUGCUACAGGCUAAUAAUGAUUGGAAUACUUGUGUUCUUUUGAUUAGUAAUUAAGUCAGUCCUGUCAUAAUAUAAGAAUAUGAACAAGAUAAUUGACAAGAGACCCAUUGUAGAUUAAAUGAUUCUCUGGUCACGUGUUUAAAAAAUUCUGAGUUAGCCUACCACACAAGAGCCACGGUCUGUCUAACACAGUAUCUUAUCUCUGGCAUUAGCCAAUGAGAGUACAAAAUAACCUGAAAAAGGUUGUGGAUUAGCCUCCUCAAAAAGCAAGCUGCAUCUUAACUCAGUCAGGGAUCAGUUGCUGCUGCUUUGAGGAAAAGCAAGGGAUUUGACCCUCUUGACAAAAACAUGAGGUUUAGCCAAAAUCAUUAAAAUGUGGAGGUGAUUUGCUAUGUAACAGCUUCCUUCAUUUUGUUAAUGGCGUUAUCAAAUCUGAUUUUCCACACAUGAGAACAUUCCUCAGUCACAUCUUUAUGUAAAUGUAGUUGCCAAGCUGUUUGUAAUGGUUAAAUUAUACUUUGAUGGGAACUCUUCAGAAAAUACUCAAUUAGUUCAGGUUUUUUUUUAAAAUGCUGCCAAUUACAUGAUGUUAAUGAGCUUUUUGUUGGUAAUGUAAUUAAAUUUCAACUGCUAUAAUGGUUAAAGGAAAAAAUUAUAGCUCUAAGAAAGUUAACAUUAAGCAAAUAUAACAUGAAGUGGGUCUAAUUAGAUGUUGAUUACAUGGUCCUAUGUGCAUUUGCUGCACACAACAGUAGUCUCAGUAACGCAGUUAUUUUACAAAUAAGGAAUACAAUUCCUUAUAUGAGAUUUAACUCUCAAUUUCUAUAUAUUAAUACAACACCACAGAAACCAUUGCAAAGUCAUGGUGAAAGAGAUAAAAAUCAGGCUCUUAUCCCAGAUGCUUAGAGGGUUUAGAUAGCUGAAUAUGUCAAUGGGAACCUAAAGCAGUUGUCAAAAAAUCACGGUAUCAAUCUCACAUAAAUAUCAAUAUGUUAAGGUUUCUUUAAAUUUCUGCACCUUUAUUUUUACUUAUAGUUUUGAAAAUCCUAUGAGCUCUGGAAAUUUGGCCAGAUAAUUUUUGUGCAUACUAUAAGUAAUAAAGUGAUGCAAUAUGUUGUUCACACCCUGCCCACAGGUCUGUAGUAAGAAGCUUCUGGAAGUAUUUGGAACAAGGGACAUUUCAGGAAAAUGUGUCAAAAUAACAGAAGAUACCUCUUUCCCAAGGGAUGCAUUAGUUGUUUCAUUGUUAAUCUGCCCUUAUGUCUGUUUGUUUCCUAAGGCAAUCAGAGUAUGCAUCUUGUGAACUGUCCACCAUUCACCUUGGCUUGUAGGAAGCAGCUGUGGGGAUAAAACAUGAAAAAAAUAAGUGCAUCAUGCUGCUGUCAGUUUUACUUCAUUGUUUUUCAUGCUGUUAAUUUAUUUGCCUUACACAAUGUUCUUGCCAAAGAAUGGGAAUAUGUCUUCAGCAGAGUGUAACAUUUACAGAGUUGCUGGAAUAAUGUCUAACCUGAAAGCUUUAUGUUUGAGCAACCAUGGAUUUUGAUGACCUGGAGGAAAAUGUCCUAGGAUGAUGUAAGUGUCAGAAAACCCCUCUUAAAAACAUACAAAACAUCAAAUUGCUAGCGUGUGCUAAUACCAGGUAACCUUGCAGUCAUUCACUAGAAAUGGUGCAGAGCACUUCAAACCUACCGUUGCAGUAUCACAGAAUCACAGAAUAGUUGGGAUUGGACAGGAACUUUGGAGGUCACUUUAUCCCACCCCUCUAUUCAAGAAGGUCACCUACAGCUGGUAGCACAGCACUAUGUCCACAUGGCUUUUGAGUAUCUAAAAAGAUGGAGAGUCUACAAUCUCUCUGGGGCACCUCUGCCUGUGCUUGUUCACCUUCAUCAUAAAAAAAGCAUUUCCAUAUGUUCAGACAGAACCUUCUAUGUUUCAGUUUGUGUCUGCUGCCUCUUGUUCUGUCACUGGGCACCACUGAAAAGAGCUUGACUCUAUCUUCUUUACACCGUUCCUUCAGAUACUGAUCCUCCCAAGCCUUUUCUUCUUUAGAAAGAGAACUCCUUCCAUUCUGCAUUGCUGUGUACGAGCACAGUCCAUGAUCACCACAAACAUUCACUGGACAGCUAUUUCCUCUAUUCCUUUUUUAUCUAGCCUACAGUGUAGGCUUUUCUGUAACAGAGCUUCAAUGCAGUUCAAACUUAAAGGGCUUGUCCUGAGCAAUCAAGUUGAAGCGAACAAAAAUAUAUUUAAGGAUUAGCCUUAUAUAUGAAUAAAAAGUAUAUAUAUCUAUACUGCAGACAUAGAAUAUGGUAUGUAAGAGCCAACACUGGGAAACAACUUACUAUGAAACUAAGAAGCGAUAGCUUUUAUAACAAGGUUUUCUAAGCUGAUGAAUGAAUAUCCUUAAAAUUUUGCUUUCCACUUUCAAAUGCUUUAGAGGAUCCAGUCUUCAGGAAAUGCUGAGCACUUUCUGCUUUUCUUUUCUCUUUUGAAUAAAAAUCUUACACUUUAGAUACCCCAAAAAGACCACUUCAGAUAAUGAAACUUAGUCUUCAAGUAUCUGUCAUCUAAGCAAAGUACACAAGCCUCUGAAGAUGGGACAUAGUUGUUCUGAUUUAAGUAGACAGGCCCUUGAUAAAUAGCCACAGAUACAGCUGUUUACAAGACAGUUUGCACUAUAAAUCCUGUUCAGCUUUUUUUUUUAAAAAAAAAAUAAAGUUAUAGAGCUGCAAAGCAAAAUCUGCUUUUUCUAGGAACUGAAAUAUACAUAAAUAGUAGAAAACUACUGGUUCCACUCUAAACCAUUCAUUCCCCAACACCUAUUUUCAUCAUCUACCUCAAUUCAUGCUGUGUGAUUUGUACAUAUCAAUGAAUAUGCAGUCCUCAUACCUUAAAUGUGGAGCUACGUGCUUUCCUUCAUUUAGGAUUACUGCCUACUGCAGCUGCAAAGAAGAAAAGGCCUGAAGAGAAAACAGCAUUAGCAGAAAACCAAGCAUAACCCCAGCCAGGCUCCAGAAUAUGUUAAAGAGUUGAGAGAAACAUCUUAGAAAAUUAUUAUAUUCAGAGUAUGCUAGCCAGUUAUAAGAAAUACAUUGGUCCUAUUUUUCUGAAAAGCCGUGCCAACUGGAAUUGUCACUGCUAAAGCAUCAGGUUCAGUGUGCAGCCGGUAAGAAUUCUGCUUCCAUUUUUACCUCUUCUAUAACUUUCCCCACAGAUUUUUUGUCCAGUGAGUUACACUGUCCUUUAUAGCACCUGUUACCUGGUGCUGAGAUGAUGGUGCAGAAAACUUUGAUCAACUCCAAAUAUGGUGAAACCCAGAUACAGAUUUUCAAUGACUCCAAGUGAAUCGUGAAAAACAUUAAGAUUAAACUUUCCUGAAGGCAGGUCACUUUCAUGUUCUGUCUCUGAGAAAGCUCUCGGGAGUCUGACUCAGUUAAGUACUGUCUGAUAUGUGAACUAUAAUACAGAGGAAAGUAAGGUUGCCGUUGAUUUUUGCCAAAAGGUACCGCCUAACCAUUGUGUUUUACAAUGUGAGAGGAAAAAACCUGAGUACAUAUGUAUAUUUCAUACACUUGUAACAGUUUCCUACUUCUGUUUGGUAAUUCUUUUUUGCUGUAUUCUUGAAAUAUAUAUUAUAUAUAAUGAUAUAUAUAUAUAUAUAUAUAAAAUUCAGUUAUGGCAACUGAAGUUUUCAUGGUUCAUGAUGGCAGUUCAUUUCUUUCCUGUACUUUUUAUCACCUGUGUAUCACUUGAGAAAUAAAUAAUCAGUCACCUUCUAGAUGCUAGAUGACCUGCUAGAUGAUAUAGUCAGUGUAACAACCUGCCCAACCAGGUGCACUGAGCUGCUCUCUCUCAUAUUUUUUUCUGAAAUCAUCCUACUGUGAACGAGGAACUUUAUCUGACACAAGAAAAUAAACAGAGCUAAACAAAAAGAAAAGAACUGCCUGUUUCCUGGAGGAGAUUAUAUUGUUUUACAUUCUGUGUUGCCUGUUUAGAAAGCAAUGUAUCUUAACUCAGCAUGCGGUGAGAGAAUUGUCGGUAGCAAUCCAUUUCAGCAGCAUCCUGGUGUACGAAAGGUCUAAACGGCCCUUUGAUCACCAUCUGCUGUCCUGUCGGGGUACUGCAGGGCUGGGCAGCCGGUCCUCGCCCGCAGGAGCCACAAAGGACCGACUUCAUGCAGAGAGUGCCUUAUAUUAGUGCUGGGCUUACCAUUUAAACUGUGAUUUUGCAUUGCCUAUAUAAAGCUAAUACAGUUUAAAUAGGAAGUAGAAUAAAAAUAAUUCUGACAUAAAGACAACGUAUCUCAGUGAAAUCGUCAUGUUAUGAAAAUCAGUAGAUUUGGGGUAUAAGGUUUUUUGCAGGUUCCUUUUGGCUCCUUUGGCACCAUGUCUUAGAUGUUACACAGUUGUUUGCCUAGGGAAGGCUGGUACAUGGAGGUGAUAAUUCUGGUUGUUUUAAACAAAAAAAAAAUGAAAAGCCAAGUUUGAUGAAUAUGUAUGGAAGGCUGUAUAUCCUCUGCCAAUCCAUGACUUUGAAUGGAUGUGAAAAAUACAGUUAGGAGCAGGAAGAAGGACAUGGGGAAAAGAAUGUGGAAUAGAGGGGAAAAGAAGUAGUAAUUAAAAAGGAAAGUAACAAAAAGGCAAAAUAAGGCUCUCAGAAAUGACUGAAAGUAGAAACAGAAGGCAAAGAUGAGAGGAACAGAAACUGCUCUUAAGUUUUCAGCAGUAGCAUUAGUAGACACUUGCACGGUAGCUAGUAGUGACAAAAAUGGACCAUGAAUCUCAGUAGAUGGAUCCAAAAGCAGAGAAAUAUUCUACUCACACACAAAAAGUAUUUGAUUAUGUGGACUGUGUAAUGAGAGUUAAUGUUUCCCUAAACCCAUACUAUGGUACCACAGCACAGUAUUUAGGACAGAGCUCAAGGAAGGAUCCAUUAAAUUUUGUUUGCCUCCCUAACAUUAGGGUAACUAAGUUUAUACACUGCCUCAAUUGUAGAAUAUGGGCUAUGCCAAUCUCGCUGUGGUCAGCCAGCAGAAAAUUACCUCACUAAAGAAGAUUCUUUGCUGACUUCAUGGAGCAGUAUUAAGGGAAAUAAGAGGGGGGGGGGUGCAAUAUAUGGGCUUUGUACCACAAAUUAGACCAUGGGGCACUUCAGACUGGAGCACAAGCUGUCAUUAAUGUUAAGUGAUAUGUCCACUGUGAUUCCAGACCCUUCCCUUUACUCAGCAGAACUGCAAUUCAAGGUGAAGUGCUUCAUAACUGAUGUGUCCCCUGGACUGCCUGGCACCUUACAUACGUAAUAAUCAUAUUUCAUUUUUGGUUCUCUUUUGUAUUUUACAAAGGAUUAUCAUUAUGUGUGAACAAGUAUGUAAAGGAAAACUUCUCCAGGAAUUUCUUGAAGGGGAGUAUCCUACUUGUUGCUUCAUAGACAGGACAAAAGACCCAUAUUCCUGACUGGCAGGUUUUUCCAGAUGCCAAGGCCAUUGACAAGCUUUGUGUCAAUCUCUCCUACUUGUGAUCACCAGAUGGCUGAACAGUCUUCUUUGGCAAUGUUGCCCCACCCACCACAGCUAUAAAAUUGCCCCUAUCACUGAAUGGUUUAGGACCUUGGUAAUAGUUGCACAGAACGUACACAGCCACAAAGAUCAAAUCUGUUUUGGUUUUAGGAUUUUUUUCCCUGUAGGGAAUGGAGAUGUGAGCGAAAGUCUUACCUUGCAUAAAUCUGUAGGCCACAGUGUGAAACUCAAUUUAUAACGAAUGUUUGGCACACGGUUCUCAAGUGAGUAUGAAUUUUCAUACAGUAGCAUUUACAGAGUUGGCCUUUUACAUCUAAGGGUAAUGAAAUCUUUUUGUUAAAUUUGACCUGUGCUAGCCUUUGCAUAGUGGGUAGCUAGCUAUCAUUGCAGUACUUCACAUCUCUUCACGUUCAUGGUAUUGGCACAUGAUUGCUUGAAGAAUCAUUCAAGGGCUUUGAGGGAGCUGCGCUGGUUAUUGCUAAUAAUGUAUUAAGUUUAUAAACCUUGAUUUAAAAUUGAUAGGUGAAGCUGAUGCUAUUGAUGUCAACAGGAUCAGGAUUCUAAAUGUUAAAUGUGGCAAAUCUGAAUUUGGAGAAAUUGCUGUCUUAAUCCCAGGCACCUUUAGCCCACUGUUUGUCAUCCUAAUGCCCUUCUGUUUUAUAUUUACUUCUUUGGACAUUGCUACCUCACUCCUCUUGCAAAUCCAUGUUAGCAUUGAUGUCAUAAAGUAAGCAGAAUGAAUGUGUGAAAUUGCUUGUAAAAUUAUCAAAUGAAAUGAAUAGCAAAUAUGAUGACUUUUUUUUAAAGUUGAAUAAGGAAACUGUCAGCAAUGAUGCACUCCCGUAAUGCUUACUAGAGCUGAACAGUAUAUAUAUAAGUCUGUGCAAAAGAGGCAGCUAGGCAGAUCUCUGGAUCCUCAAGGCUUGCCAUAGUUCCAGGAGAGCAGCAGCUCUUUCUGCAACUGCUACAUAUCACUUCAAAUAUAAAAAGGCAAUGAAAAUGAAAAGUGUUUAUUUUGUUGCUGGGCUUCUUUUAAUGAUAGUUCAAGGCAGCUGGCAAAAUCCUCUUCAGGAUACAGAGGAAAAAUCAAGAUCAUUCAAAGCUUCCCAGUCUGAACCAUUAGAUGAAUCUAGACAGCUGAAUGAAGUGAAACGUCACUCACAAGGCACAUUCACCAGCGAUUACAGCAAGUAUUUGGACACUAGACGAGCUCAGGACUUCGUGCAAUGGUUAAUGAGCACUAAGAGAAAUGGCCAACAAGGUCAAGAGGACAAAGAAAAUGACAAAUUCCCGGACCAGCUCUCAAGCAAUGCGAUCUCCAAGCGUCAUGCUGAAUUCGAGAGACAUGCUGAAGGCACCUAUACCAGUGAUAUCACCUCUUAUUUGGAAGGUCAAGCUGCCAAAGAGUUCAUUGCUUGGUUAGUGAAUGGACGAGGAAGAAGAGAUUUCCCAGAAAAAGCUCUUGUGGCCGAAGAAAUGGGCCGAAGACAUGCAGAUGGCACUUUUACAAGUGAUAUCAACAAAGUCCUUGAUGACAUGGCUGCCAAAGAGUUCCUAAAAUGGCUGAUUAACACAAAAGUUACCCAAAGGGACCUUUUGGGAGAAUACCAGUAAAAAUGCAGGAUAAAAAUGGGAUAAAUGAAGAUCUUCGUUGCAUCAACUGCCAGUUAUUAAGAUUCUGAAAUCUGUAUUCUGUCAUUUACAUUAGGUGUAACAAAGCUACAUCACCUUGCAUGCCAGGAAACAAUCAUACUAUAGUUUAGUGUUGCCAUAGGUUUAUAUAUGAAAAACCUACUGUCUAAGGGAUGGUUAUCUUAACAGCUUUAAGACUGAAAGUUCCGUAUCUUCAUAUUUUCCAUUUAUUAGUAACUCCAUUUAUAUUUAAUGAUACAAUUAUUUUUCUAAAAAGUUGACUUAUACACACAAAGAAUUCAAUCACCAAUUAUAUAUGUUAUUUGUAAGGGGCUGGCAGUUACAAAUGCCUGAGGAGUGAAUAUCCCUCUUAAAACCUUUGUUAUAAAAAGGCUAAGCUUUAAGGAUAUUAAAUGACAGCCUUAAAUAAAUUUUUUCAAGCUU